CCUUCUACCCUGGGGAUUGGCUGCUCUGAUUCUUGCCACGCCCCCUCCGCCCCACGCGGGCCCCGAUGCUGGCUGGCCACGAAGAGAGUAGACCCGUGUCUGGCGGUGUUGGGUGCCAGAAGAGGCUAGCGGCAGAAGGGCUAGCAGCCCCAGCAGGAGUCGCCCGGAGCGGUGGCAGAUGGCAGCCAUGUCUCAGUGGAAGAAGCCGCGGAGUGUGGUGGCUUGGCAGAGCAAGGCUGAAUGGGACCAAGUGAUGGUGGGGCUCUAUUGUGGGGACUGCCAGAUGCAGCGAGAUGCUCUGGACCGAGUGUCCGCUUGGAAGAGCAGGUACGGACACAGAAUGCCUUUAGCUGUUGAAAGCACUGCGGAUUUGAUUCGCUGUAAAAUCCUGGAUGCCAAAGGUGGCCUGAAAUCCCAUGAGCUGGUCCUCACCUAUGGCCUGGCUCUUGUGAGGUUUGUGAAUCUAAUCACAGAGCGGAAGCAGAAAACUUUUAUCAUUUCGCUGAGGCGGUUAGCUAAAGAGUUGAACCUUCCUGUCUGGAUUGUGAACCUCCGGCACAAUUUGACCCAUGGGACUCUUCCUCAGCUGGUUGCUUGUCGGAGAGGCUGUGAUGUGGUACUUGAGUGGCUCCAUCAUACCUACUGGAGCCGUCAGUUGGGCAAUGAUCUAGUCGGCGAAUGUGCAGACGAGGAGAGAGAGGAGUUGCUUUCAGCCGAUACCGAGAUGGGUACAGACAGCAGCCUAGAGGAGGCAGAGAAAUCGCAAUCACCGGGCAACCAGAAACACCAGGAACUCCAUGAGAAAGUCACAGAUGUUCUGGUUUCCUAUAAAACCCAACAAAUUGGGGUUCUCCAGCAGCUGCAAGAUGUCGAGGAGACCUGCAAAGUGUGGUGUAGCUCUUCCUCCGAAGUGGAGUGGAUCGUGGCCCAGAUGAAAGAUUUACUGCAAGAGAACAGGGAGAUUGUGGCUGGAGCAUUGCUGGGCAGUGGCUUCCUCCUCCCGACGGCGGAAGAGCUGCAGAUCCUAAAUAUCAACUAUCGAGAGACCAAAGAGUGGGAUUUCAGAAUCCCCCAGACAUUUCUCCGCUUCUGGCAGCCCCUGCUAAAGGGUCUGCAUAGCAAAGGCUUCACACAGACCCUGCUAGAGAACAUGUUCCGCGAGCUCAAGCAGCACACCCAGGGGCCGGCGCUGCGGUCGUGGUACCUGAUCAGCUGGAUCACGGAGAUCCUGAAGGCCAACAUGCAAGCGAAGAAAAAACCCAAGAAUUCCUCCCGGAAGCGCAGAAGCUCCUCCAAGCUGUUCCUCCGCCGCGUGCCGCUGCAGUGGCUCAAGCUCCUGGACACUUGCCUGGAAGCCCCUUGCGGGGCGAGUCCCCACCUCUUGCACCUGCUCUUGUCCGGCAUGGAGCCGCCUCUGCCCGCCGAGACCCAGGAGAAACUGCUCUAUCUCACCUCCAUCUACACCCAAGAAGACAGCGCUCUGCUCAGCCCCAACUGCGCCACGGAUCUCCGCAAGCAGCCCAUCUAUACCGUGGAGAGCUUGCAGAGGAGAGCCAGGCCGAGCGGUGGGGUCCGUGGGCCCGACCGGAGAGCUGGGAAGCAGGAGGCGCUCUCCACGGACCGGGCCGAGGGCGUGGAGGAAGAGAUGGAGACGCAGCCAGGACCCCGGCUUGAGCCUUGCCAGCCCGAGAGCGCCGUGGCGCUCGCUGAGAAGAGGGUGGCGCUGCAGGGAGCCACCUGGCAGGUCAGCUCAGAGGACGUGAAGUGGAAAAAUCUGCCUUUGGGGAAGGUCCCUGGCCAGACGGACGAUCCUGAUGACAUGUUAGUGGAGAACUACACCAUGAUGUCGGCCCUUGACCAGCUGGUCAAUGGAGACCAGGAAAACUUCCCCAGCACCAGCACUUCAGAAUGGAGCAGCUCAGCUACGGAGGGCCUAUUGUGGACCCAGAGCGACCUCCAGAAGUUGAAAGAUGGUCUCCAGCUUUACUGAUGGCAGGAUCUUGUACAGAAACUGGUGGAAUCUACAGCAUGAGAAAAGCUUCCCUGGUACAGAGGGGAGAAAGAGCAGAAAGUGAUGCCAGCCCAUGAAAGGGGCCAUUGAUUGGGGUCCAGCUCAUCUGCUACACCAGGGUUCUCAAACUUAGGUCCCCAGAUCUUUGAGGAUCAUGGGAGCUGAAGUCCAACAGCAUCUGGGGACUCCAGUUUGAGAACCCCUGGGCUACAUUUUAGAUGAAUAGUAGGCAGCCUUGGCUCUCCAGCUGAUGUUGAACUACAGCUCCCAUCAUCCCCAGCCACAACAUUUGUGGCUGGGGAUGAUGGGAAUUAUAAUUCAAAGCAGCUGGAGAACCAAGAUUGUCUACUCCUGCUGUAGAUUCCCUACCCACCCACCCACGAGGAUAGGGGCAGUGGAGAGAGUAAAUACACACACACACACACACACACACACCUCGUCUGAUGUUCGGUAUCCACAAUGGAGCCAAACCCCUCGUGUUUUAAUAAAAUGUCAGUUCCUUUUA